UCAACUUACGAUUCGUGCACGAGAAACUCACCGGAACGAUAGCGCUUGAAACAUAACCUGAUUUGGCAAUGUGAUUUCGACUGAAUCGUUUCGCGUCACAUAAAUGAACUCUAUAAAUUACGUCAGAUAGCAGAAAUGUCAGGUAAGCGAACUGCAACAACAGAAUUGAAUCACGACAACUGGAAUGAAGAGAACGAACCGGAGGAUGCAGGAACGUUUGCGCUCGCUUCAAAUGAUAUACUUGAGAAGAGGGUUAUAAAAACAGCAAGGCGUCGUUUGCCAUCGAAGGACGGGAUUCCUACAAAAAGUGCAUUUGGGUCGUUCACAGGUUUCAAAACUAAUCCAAGUUUAUCUCCAUUCGGUUUUCUAGCUAAUACAAGCACUUCUAGUACGACUACUUCUACUGCAUCAGCAACAAGUGUAAAUACAAGUAACAAACAAACUGCUAGCAACGGGGCUCCUAAGAUUCCCGAAAAUGAUACAGAUAAAAGAGAAGAAGUUGCCAAAUUACAAACGUUAUCAAGUACAAGUACGAGCAAAAAAAAUUUAGUUGAACAAGGAACUGAAAAGACAAGGAGUCAUUCGUCAGAUUAUUAUGCAAAAUUGAAAGGACUAAAUGAAAGCGUCGCUACAUGGAUAAAGAGCCAUGUAGAUGCAAAUCCAUUUUGUAUAUUAACACCCAUAUUUAAGGAUUAUGAGAGAUAUUUGAAAGAAAUUACAUCAAAAGAAGAAUGUAGCAAGACUCAAAUCUCGCAUACUUCUUCAGAGCAUAUAACGCAGGGUGCAAAGAAUGAUAUUAAAGAGAUAAGUUCAGAAAAGAAACCAGAAAAGAAACCAGAAAAGAAACCAGAAAAGAAACCAGAAAAGUCACUGUUCGGGAAUUCAAAUGCGAAUGCAAAGUCUACUUUAACCACAGGAACAGAAUUAAAACCUGAGAAGUUAAUAUUUAACAUCUCCACGAAUCCCAAAUCUAUAUUUAGUAAUACAGAUCAGAAAACAGAAAAUCCCAAAUCUGUGUUUGGUAGUACAGAUGUAACUUCUGAUAAGAAUAAAUCUGUGUUUGGUAGUACAGAUGUAAUUCCUGAUAAGAACAAAUCUAUUUUUGGAAGCACAGAGUCGAACGUUGCUAGUAAAAGUGUAUUUGGCAAUGCAAGUGUGGAAAGUAGUCCCUUCGCAGACAAAUCUACCGUUUCAGAUAGUGGAAAUAAAGACGAGGAGGAGACAUCCUCCAACGCGAAGUCUGUGGCCCCUACCUUUCCCACUUUUAGUUUUGGACAGAGUUCUACUACCAGUAACGCGUCUGCUGGAUUUAGUUUCGGAAGUGCAAAGCCAUUUUCAUUUGCUCCUCAAGCAGUAAAACAAGAGAAAACCGAAGACAAAGCAAGCAAUGAAAAUAAAGAUGAAGAAGAUGAAGAACCGCCGAAACAAGAAUUCAAACUAGUAAUUGAAGAAGGUGCUACUUACGAACAAAGGUGUAAAGUCUUCGUAAAAAAAGACAAUGUUUAUACUGAUAGAGGCAUCGGGAUGUUGUAUCUGAAACCAACACCGAAUGGGAAGACGCAAUUGAUAGUACGAGCCAAUACUGCUUUGGGUAAUUUGUUACUCAAUACCCUAUUGACUCAAAGCAUUCCCACGAAGCGCAUGAACAAGAAUACGAUAAUGUUGGUCUGCCUACCGAUGCCAGAUUCUUCACCGCCACCAGUCUCAGUGCUGUUAAGAGUGAAAACUAGUGAAAACGCGGAUGAAUUACUGGAAGCGUUGAAUAAACAUAAAAAGUAAAAAUUACACGAAAUUCGAUUUACGUAUUUGAAUGACGUUUUUUUUUGACGUUAUUUUAGAGCUUGAAGAAUGAAGCAAACGCUAAUCCAUGGAAUAUUUGUUUAUCAACGUAAUGAUUUUGUAUUGAACUUUAUUCUCAUCAUUCCAUAAAAUCUAAAUUUUGCGAUUGCCUAGGAACUUAACAUGAUCAUGAAAAGCAUGUAUGAUGUAAGAAUACAAGGUGUUUCACUUUCGAGAUACGCAAUAGAUGAUCAGUCAAAAAAUUAGCCCAAAAUGUUAUAAACCAAUAUAGAGAUGAUAUUUUAUUUAUCCGUUUUUGUCGUACGACAAAGACUGCAGGACAGAGCGCGAGCAGUAACCUCCCGGAGAAUAUUCUCGUCAACAGAAAUACCUCUCGAAAAAUCUGCCAUUCGGAAUCUGCAUUAAAACUAGAUCCCAUAUGCUCGUGGCAAUUGAAUCAACGGGCGCAUCACAAGCAUAUGAGAGAGUAACACAGGUCAGAGCUCUAACGUAAAAAGAAGAAAAAGAAGAUAAGGGUUCUCGGAUCUCUUUAUCCUAUAGCCAAUCGGAAGGCUUGAAAAUUUUGUUUUACGACAAAACGCAAAUGUAAUCCCACCCUUAAACCGAUAUUAGAAAUUUAUUACCAAUCAGAAAUUUGCACCAAAAUUACAUUCGAUUACCAUCA